AUGGCACCUCAACCCAUCAAAGUCGUAUUCGGCGCCGCCUCGGUGGGCAAUCGUGACCCGUGGAUUGCAGAAGAUUACCUCAACAAGGCUUUCACGACGCUGCUGGCUCAUGGCUGCAAGGUCCUUGACUCUGCCCAGCUCUAUGGCGAGUCUGAGAAGCGUCUCGGCGAGGUCAAAGCCGGCGAGAAGUUCAUUAUCGAUACCAAGUGGAUGGGCGGAUGGCAGGCGGGGUGGGCGACCAAGGAAAACAUCAUCAACUCGGCCAAGUCAAGCAUAGAGAAGUUGGGUGUCAAGCAGGUCGACAUCUUCUACAUCCACUGUCCCGACGCCGCCACGCCCCUCGAAGAGACUCUCGCGGGUGUCAAUGAGGUUUACAAGACUGGAGUGUUCAAGCGCUUCGGUCUGUCCAACUACUCUGCUGCCGACGUACAAAAAGUCUACCUCUGCAAAGCCAACAACUAUGUCCUGCCCACCGUCUACCAGGGCAACUACUCUCCCGUGGCGCGCCGGCAGGAGACUGAGCUCUUCCCCACGCUGAGGAAAUUGGGCCUCGCUUUCUACGCCUAUUCGCCGCUUGCCGGAGGAUUCCUUACGAAGACCGCUCAGCAGAUCGAGGAUGGCGCCGGCCGCUUCGGAAAAGAAGCCCUUGGGGGUAUGUACCGGGACAUGUACAUGAAGCCGUCCUACCUCAAGGCCCUUUCCAAAUGGGAACAGAUCGCCAACGAGGAAGGCUGUUCACGCGCCGAGCUCGCUUACCGCUGGGUGACUUACAACUGCCCGCUGAAGCCAGAGUACGGGGACGCCAUCAUCGUGGGCGCAAGCACGGUAGAACAGCUGGAGCAGACGUUGACGGGGAUUGAGAAGGGUCCCUUGAGCAGCAAGGCCUGUGAGGGGAUUGACAAGAUUUGGGAGGAGAUCAAACAUGAGGCGCCCCUGGACAACUUCAGUCGCUAA